AUGACGAAGCUCAUCCUCCCUCUGCUUUCUGCCCUGCUGUCUGUCGCCAUUGCGGCACCGGCUGCGCCCGGAUGGUUAUUCGACCUCAAGGCGGAGCGCUCUGGCAUCGUCGCUCUGGAGUCCAUCGUCGUCUCGCCGACGCUCGUCAUCUUCUUCGAUCGCGCUUCCAAUGACCCGCUGCAGAUUAACAACCAUUCCGCCUGGGGUGCCCUUUGGGAUCUCCAGACUAGCACCGUCAAACCGCUCGACGUGCUCUCCAACUCGUUCUGCGCCAGCGGCGCCCUCCUGAGCAACGGAACCAUGGCUAGCGUAGGGGGCGACCCCGACGGCUUCCCCGGGAACCCGACCAUCAGGCCAGGCACACAGGCGAUCCGGCUUUUCGAGCCUUGCGCCUCUCCGUCCGGCGACGGUUGCACGCUCUUCGAGGACCCCGACAACCUGCACCUGCUGGAGCAUCGCUGGUACCCGUCGUCUAUCCGCAUCUUCGACGGCAGCCUCAUGAUCGUCGGCGGCAUACACACGGACACGCCGUUCUACAACACCGAUCCCGCACUGAGUUUCGAGUUCUUCCCGCCUAAGGAGAACGCGCCGCGGCCGUCCGAGUUCCUGAAGAGGUCUCUUCCGGCGAAUUUGUUCCCGCGCGUCUUUGCUUUGCCAGACGGCAAAGUGUUCAUGGUGGCCAACAACCAGUCUAUCAUCUACGACAUCGAGGCGAACACCGAGCGCAUCUUGCCCGAUAUCCCGAACAACGUACGCGUCACAAACCCCAUCGACGGCUCCGCCAUCCUCCUCCCGCUCUCCCCGCCCGACUACGUCCCCGAGGUCCUCGUCUGCGGAGGCACCCAGACCGACCCCGUCGACCCCUCGCUGCUGUCCUCGCAGACUCCCGCGACGACCCAAUGCUCGCGCAUCACGCUCACCGAAGAGGGCAUCGCGCAGGGCUGGGAGGUCGAGCACAUGCUCGAGGGGCGCAUCAUGCCCGAGCUCGUGCACGUCCCGAAUGGGCAGGUCCUCAUCGCGAACGGUGCGCGCUCCGGCUUCGCGGCGAUCCGCCACGUACAGGACCCGAUCGGGAACUCGAACGCGGACCACCCGGUGCUUGUGCCGUCGCUGUACACCCCAGACGCCCCGCUCGGGGAGCGCUUCAGCAACGCGGGCAUGCCGGACUCGGGCAUCGCGCGCGUGUACCACUCGAGCAUCACGCUGACGCCGCAGGGCAACUUUUUGAUUGGGGGGAGCAACCCGAAUGUGAAUGUGACGGUGGGCGAGGGCAUCGUGUUUCCGAGCGAGUUCAGGGUGCAGACGCUCGACCCGCCGUUCAUGUUUGUGGACAGGCCGAAGAUCCUGAGCACCCCGGAGAAGCUUGCGUUUGGCGCGAGCGUCACGGUGCCGAUCUCGCUCCCGGCGAGCCUUGCGCGUGAGGGCGCGAAGGUCCAAGUGUCGCUGAUGGACCUUGGGUUUUCGAGCCACGCGUUCCACUCGGGCGCGCGGCUCGUGUUUUUGGACGCGGAGGUCUCGCCUGACGGCAGCGAGCUCACGUUCACGACGCCGCCAAACGGACGCGUCUACCCGCCGGGACCGGCUACUCUCUUCCUCACGGUUGACGAUGUCACGAGUGAGGGCGCUUGGGUGAUGAUGGGCAGCGGAAACUCGCCGCCGACGCUGGAGUGA